AUGAUAUACGAAAAUUUGUUUAAAUUACGAGAUGAAUGCGAAGGCCGCUGGAGCGACAAAUAUAUCUGCGAAACAGAUAGCAAGGGAGAUAAUCCACUUGGAAGUUUCCUGAAAGGCUGUGGAUUCCGUGUCGCCGAAAAUGAAGCAUCCAAGAAAGGGGAGUUGAGAUUUCCCUACACCCAAUUCAAAGGCGAGGGAAUUAAAGACUUGCUACCAUAUACCCCCGCCUCCACAUCCGUCAUUCAGCUUCUCGAAACUCUUGUUCCAUACCUUAAUCAAUAUAACCAAAUAGGUCACAACAAGCAUAUUCCGUCACCCAGAGUUCCAUGUUCUAUUUACGAAAUGCUUGCGUGGUGCUGUGGUCUCCAGUUCAACAGUGUCUAUGAGUUGUUAGUAAAAUAUUGUGAUGAGUAUGACACCAAUGAUACUGAUAAAACACCAGACACCGAUUUCAAAAAUCGUCUAUCAGACGCCGUUGAUCAUGGUUUACCUAUUUUAUGUAAGUAUUCACACAACUUGCUCAUAACCAUCCUCGGCACCGGCGACGAGGAUACCCUCUACGGUGUUGAAUUAUCGAACAACUCCCUUAAUCUUAAAUAUCCCACGAGCGGUGCAGACUGUUUGCAUACAUUGCUUGAUAUAUUGCGUAAACUAUUACCGACGUUACGAUUUUUAAAGAGUAAAUGUAAACUCAGUACUCAGCACGGAGGCUGGGAGCAGUGUGAAUACGGCAAGGACAUAGCUCCGGCCAACUGGCCUUGCAAGGACCAUUCAACCAAGGAAUCAAAUUGCCAACCUAUGUGCCGACCAAAUGGUGAACCUACGUGCCAACCAAAAUCACCACUAAUGUCUUACCUAAAUGACACAUUACCCGGUCACCUUCCUCAUGAUGUCAGUGCCAUCGGUUGUAGAGCUACAUGUAACACCUGUCCCAAAUCCAAGCCCGGGCAGCCAUGUUUAACGCCUCUCGGCUUUAGAGGGUUUUCUGGCUCUACAAGGACAGGCAAAGAGCUGUGUGAAGCGCUCGGCAGAUUCUUCAGCAGUGCCAACCUUUCACCGUUAUUCUGCAUAGCCCCCAAACCACCAUCCACGCUACCAGAGCACUUCUCAUUUGCGAUUACGUUGGUUAAUGGUUGGCGUAACAUAGCCACGGACCCCUAUGAACAGCGCAUUAAGUCGUCCAUCCGUAAUGCGUCCAUAAAACUUUAUGAUAAUCCGGACGAUCUUACUAAAGCCAUCAUAGAUGCCUAUGGAUCGGCGUCGGCUGAUCAUACUGAUUGCACGCAUCAUCAUCUUACGCAUCUCACGUCAUUCGGCGACUGGGGAUGCCGUAGUUGUCUGCGUGGCAACAAGUGUAAGCGUGGCAAGCAUGGUGUUGUCGAGGAUGAUAAGAAAGAUGUUACUUGUCAGUGUAAAUCCAUGGUACAGUGCAAAGGCGUUUCACCAACAUUAUAUAAAUGUGGAUUAAGUUUUGGUGAAGCAUGGAAAUUAAAUGCUGAGAGUAGGCCUAGAACGUGUUCCGAUUUCUGCAGUCAGUUAAAGAAUGUAUUACAUUCUGAUUAUUUCACAAAGCUAUUCGGAAAAUGUGAUGAAUUCCUAUGGAUCAUCAGAGAACCCUUCUCCUACCUGUUGUUAGCCCUCUGGUCCCUCUCUUUGCUCUACCUGCUGCACAUCACCGUCGUCCGCCUCGACGUCCUGAGGAUACGCUCCCACCUGAGAUCACCCUCAAGCCACCGCAUCGCCGCCCAGUCCCUCCUCGCCGCCGCACGCGUCAAGGCACUCGCCAACGUCAAGUACUUCUCACCGUGA